AUGGGAAUGCAAUUCAGUGCUACCGUUGGUAUCAUCCCUCAGUGGUUCAGCCGCCGACGCUCCCUUGCAAACGGUAUUGGGACAGCGGGAUCAGGACUCGAAAGCCUGAUUUAUUCGUUGGCUACAGGUGCCAUGAUUCAGAGAUGGGGUACUGGCUGGGCUUUCGGAACCAAUUUUCUGCAUGCCCAGAUAUUUACUGGCUUUAUGUUUAUGGGAGCAGCUAUUUUCCUCUGGCUUGUGCGAGCGUGGAAGAUAUCAGAGGUGCAAAAGACCGGUGCGGAUGGUGAUCCUGUCAAACGGGAAGCCGUGAUCAGGGACAAUGAUGUCGUGCCUCGAAAGCCUGUGGUGGCCAGGACGGUGAGCCGAGUUCCUAGUCCGACGAGCAAGGCAAAGGCUGCGAAGGGAUUGUUCACAAUGGUAAGGGUAUAA